UCCUUCUCUCAAGGAUUGAAGUUUUAUCAGCGAGUGAUCAGAGGAAGAUAUGGAUAAGAAAAUUACGGAACUUGAAGAGAAAGCUGGCAUAUUUAUUUCAUGGAUUUUUAUUCGUUUUUUUUUUUCAUUUUUUUUUAUGAAGGGGAUCUAAGCAUGGAAUUGAAUGUGAUGUAGGAAACCUGAUUAUAUAUUGGUACACAUAGUUAUGAAGACUAUUAGUUUGCGUUCCCAAUUUGAAAUGGAACAUGUAAUUAAUAAGUGGGGAUCUACUGGGUCAACCUUGAAAGUGAUGGUUAUUGAUGCAUAUCUCAAAUUUGUAAGUGCUGUAUUAUCUGAUUACAUCAAGGCUUUAAAUGGAGUGGUUGACAAAAAAUGGUGUCCUACCAAAGAUUCUUUAAGUGCUGUUCUGAAGACUCUUAAAGAACUCGAUUCAAAGCUCUCCUACGAAUGGCACGACUCUGAUGACCUUAUCAAGGAAACCUUUCUUAAGAAAAAACUGGCUUUCUUGAAUUUGUUCCAAAUGAAAUUACUCAUUUGGGAUAUAUUGGAUGUCCGUGGUUAUAUUUCUAAAUCUCAUGUUGAGUGGUUGGAAGAGUGUGUAUGCGACUUUACAUGCAGAGAUGAAAUUGAAGACUACAUAUUUGAUACAAAGAGGUCCUGCUAUCCUUUUUUCGAAAAGAAACAAGAGGAAGAGCCUCAAAGGAAGAGGAAGAGGUCCUCUGCCUUCAACCUUCGAGAUGAGGAAGAGUCUCAAAGGAAGAGGUCCUCUGCCUUGAACCUUCAAGACUACACCUUACUGAGGAGAAAGAGAGACAAGAAAAAGUACAUCCAAGAAAUAAGAGAAGAAUAUAUGGUCUUGGAUGAGAAAUGCAAGCGUGAAGCAAGCCGAGUUCUGCAGUUUUCCGAUUAUUUGAACAUCAGAAGUACCAAGCUUGAUAUCCCCCUAUAUCGAUUGAAAUUGGCUACCCUCAUCAGCCGCCUGUCUUCUCUCAUCAGAAUCCACCCCCAGAAUCAAGCGGUUGGUGGUCCAACUACCUCCAAGGUUUAACUACGUGUGUAAUGGGACAAAUGCGGUCAAGAGGGCAGGUAAUCCAGAUUAAGGUUCAAGUAUUUUGGAAGUGUCUGAUCACGGUCAAGAGGGAAGGUGAUCCAGAUUAGGGUUUAAGUAUUUUGGAAGUGUCUGAUCAGAAAGGAGCUGUUCACAAUGGUGGUGAUGUUUUCAAUGGCUUCCUAUUUUGCCUAGGUUGAUGGUAUCAGUCUGAUGAUGAAGAUUGAGAAAAGAUCGGUGUAUAUUUUUCAGUUUUUAGGUUUCUUUGACUCUUGGUUUCAGUUUGUGGAUUAGAGUAUAUAAACCCUAAUCCAGUUUGUGGAUUAGGGUGUAUAUAUGAAAGUUACAGUCUUUGUAAUGAAAUCAGAUGUUUUAGUUUUUGAAAAUGAAUCAAUUGAAACCCAUUUUGAAA